CAGUGCCGAGCUCCCCUCCGCCGCCGGGAGCCGGCAAAGCCGCCUCGCGCUCCUCGCGCACUGCUCUCCCCCGCUGAGCGCCUAUGGGCAUCUGCAGCCAGCGAGGGCUUCGCACCACCGCCAUCAGCAGCAGCAGCGGCAGCAGCGGGCGACGACCGCCACCCCGAUUCAUCCCCCCUUGGGAUCUAUAGCUGGCUGGACAGAGCGCGCUACAGACCCUUCCCCGCCUCCGUGCAGGAUGAUUUGGAAAGUUGCCUUGUCCAUUUUUCUGAUGGCAGUGCUGGUUCGAGUAACAGACACCAGGAAAAACCGUCCUGCAGGCGCCAUUCCCUCCCCUUACAAAGACAGCAGCAGUAACCACUCGGAGCGGAGGCAACAGCUGAAUAAGGAGGUACUGGCCUCCAGCCAGGAGGCCCUGGUGGUCACUGAAAGGAAGUAUCUCAAGAGCGACUGGUGCAAGACACAGCCCCUGCGGCAGACUGUCAGUGAGGAGGGCUGCAUAAGCCGUACCAUCAUCAACCGCUUUUGCUAUGGGCAAUGCAACUCCUUCUAUAUACCACGACAUGUGAAAAAGGAAGAGGAGUCCUUCCAGUCCUGUGCUUUCUGCAAGCCACACAAGGUCACUUCUUCAACUGUGCAGUUGGAGUGCCCUGAGCUGGACCCACCUUUCCGACUGAAGAAAAUUCAGAAGGUCAAGCAGUGCCGAUGUAUGUCUGUGAAUCUUAGCUCAGGCAAACUGUGAGAGCCAGCAUGUAGCUACUGCUUGGUGUUGCCCCCGUCAGAUUUCUGCUGCCUCUCUUCUCCUGCCGAGCAGACUGUCCAUUUUGUUGGUUUGUUUCUUCCUCCUAUUUGUGUGUUUUGUUUUGUUUUCUUUCAGGAGGCAUCUCUCCAGCAAGGAAAGGCUCCUUGUCACUUGCCUACUGGAAUAAUGCUUUUUAAUGGGGUCUGUUAGGCACUUCACCAUAAAGUUUCAUUGUAUUUCCAGUAUCAUCUGGCAGUUGAAUCUUAUGGAGUGAAGCGGGCUCCCAGAAGUUAGGACUGAUCAUCUAAGUGACCAAUUGGCUGAAUCCAGCAUUAAUUGUUUCCACUGUGUGGAGUAAAGCCCUCUGCCCUACACUCCAGUCCCCUCCACAAGACAAGAACACCUUCCUCGUGCUUCAGUCUGGAGCUUGCCACACCCACUUGGAAGUGCUGGAAUGCUGCCCAGGACUGGGGGAUGCAGAUGAGGGAGAGUAAUGAGGAGCAACGUGCAAAAGCAAGUGAGGCUCUCCGAUGAGGCUCAUCUCCUUAAGACUGCUUUAAUUGUGCAAUGACAAAUGGUUCCUGGCUUGUUGUCUGAACAGCAGAUAAGAAGCAAUGGGGAGAGGGUGAGGCACUGGGUCAGCCACCAUGACCACAGAGCAGACUGAGGGUGUGUUUUGAUGCUGUUGUGGUUAGAGUAUAUUGAACACAUGGUCUCUGCAGUGUUUAUUUUGUAACCUAACUGUAGUAAACAGAUGUUUAAAGUAUUACAGACCUAGCCAUGUAUAUUUUUCUUGUGGCAGAAUAUGACAGAGAUUAAAAUACGAUGAGUAAGAGACUUGGUUGCUAGAUCAGCUGCCUGGCUUAAAAUGGACAUGGUUUAACUAAGCUUUCAGUAGGUUUUUUUGUGUUAGAUAUGCGUGUGUAUUUCUUACUCCAAAAAAUUACAGCAUCCAUUUGUGACCUUAUAUUUAUGCCUGCUCAGACGAGGGAAGAUGGGAGGGUAAUGGGAGAGGAGCUGAGAACACUGAAGGAAUGGUGUUUCCCUUAUGGUAUAAAAACACUGUCACAUAAAGGCCAAAAUUUGGUCAUUGCUGGACUGAAUACAAAAGCCUCAUCAUUAUCACCAGGUUUUGGGAGUGGUGUCUUGCCAAUGAUUGGAAACAAUGUGUUAAAGGACAAACCCAUCAGGCAGUGCUGCUGGAAUGGGUUGCAGAUGUAAGAGCAGGGAGAGAGUAAGUUGUAAUUGCUAUACUAGUGGUGGUCCACAGUUUUUGAGUCCUACAUAAUCAGUGUUGGUGAACACUUGCAGUUCAUUUUAAGUCAUACUAUGUUGUUAUUCAGUUGAUGGAGUUUAGCAUGUCCUGUAUAUCCCGUUUGUUAUAGUUCUGAUCUGUAUUAGUCACAGCUGCAUUAAAAUCCCACGUCUCAAAACAGACCAGCCCCUUCUCCCAAACCAAAGCCCAUGCAUGCUCCAUUGUCUGAAGCUUACAAAUUAAAAAUGACACGCCAGCUCCCUGAUGCAUGUCUCACAGUUCAGCAUCUGCAUCUAGUGAAGCCAGCUUGCUAUGGGAGCUCUUUCCCAUCAGCCUCUUCACAUGUAGCCACUUCAAGGGGUUAAUGUGUUUAGCACUCUCACCAGCCCGGGGUUCAGUGCCACAGGUCUCUAUUAUGUGAGACAGGCUGCUCUAAGAGGCUUUCAGGACUGAGCUCCACGAGAGCUCACCAAGCGGUUUAUGGGGAUUGGCACAGGCAGGAUGAGGUUGGUCAGGUCUGUUAGUCCUAUUACAUGAACAGCCAGGGCUUUUCUGUUGUGAUCUUUCAGUAUGUCAGGAGUAGACAGGGAGAAUCCUCGUGGAGGAAUCGCUUUAGAGGCUGUUGCUGCUGUACUGCCAGUAUUGUGCCAGCCACCAAAUGGGAACCAUUCCAUCUAGGCUUGAGAAUUUUGGUGUGAGUGGCUUGAGGGAAGGUGGCGAUAGCUAGUCUACUAAGAGUCCAGGGAUCUCAGUCUCCCCUUGAAAGAAAUGAACUGAAAGUCAGGCAUUUUGGACUAGAGAGAGAAAAGUACCCUAAUAACUUCAGAUAAGGAAAACGUGCAAGAAUCUUUAUAAACUGUGUCCUGCCUGUGUUUUUCACCAGUUUGCAAUAUGAAUAUGCUGCAGCUUAAAGCUCCUUUUAGGAGCUGUGUUUAUGUAAAAACUAAGUUGAGCUUGUAAUGGAUAAAAUUGUAUUUAAUUCUUGUUUUAUAAAUGAAAACAAAACAAAACAAAAAAAAAGAAGAAAUGCUUUAAGUAUAAUGUAAUUAUUUUAUAGGUCUACUAUUAAAUUAUAGAUUAAAUAAUAAAGCUACUUUAGGGUUAUAUGGCAUCC